AUGAAAUACAAUCUUCCACUGCUGCCAAUGCUUGCGGCCAUGGUGGCUCAUCCAGCUAUGGGAGCUCCCGCAGCCCUUGAGCAUCGACAAGACGAUUGGAACGGAGAACAAACUGGUGGCCUCUAUUGUGACUCUCAAUACACCCCUGUUUGGGCUGACUGCAGCACAAUCAUGAAUGAUAAGUAUCAAGGACUCUUCGAAGGGUCUGAUAGCCUCUGCGUAUUCGCCAACGCAUGUCGCAUCUUCACCGAAGGAAACUGUCGCAUCUCGUUCUGCAACAAUGAACCCUCAGAUGUCUGCUACUCUCGUUCUACAUGGGGUGACAGAGCCAGAGACAUCGAAGCCGCUUGCGCACCCAAUGAUGGCGGCUACCAGUACCCUCCUGCACCUGAACUCUGGACGGAGGUCGCUAUCAGGCUCAACACAGAUUGGGGUCGGUUGUCCACAGAGUCCGGCUACAAGGAGAUCUCUAUCGAAGAGGAGAAAGCUGAACUUCGUACCUUCUAUGAGGCUACAUCAGAAGCCAAUGAAAUAGAAAGCCGACAAGCGGACAGAUUCUCAGAUGUAAUCACACGGAUUGACAGCUACAAGCCUGGAACAGCGGUACACGUUGGAACAUUGCCAGAUGGCGGCGCUUUCGAGGUUUCGGAGUCGAGGACUGAAACGUUUUCGGUCAGCGCAUCCGCUAGUAUUGGCGCAAGUGCAUGGGAUGCAAUCAGUGCAGAGACCGGAAUCGAAGUGGGCUACUCGGUUAGCAUGACGAAUACUGUGUCGAUCACCAUCAACGUCGACUGCCCCGACGGCACAGGUCAAAUCUAUUGGCGUCCACUCUUUGACGAAUACGAAGGCACUCUUGAGUCUACUGGGAACAGGGUUAGAAUUUGGGUACCGAAAGAUACAGAUCUUUCCCGCAGGAGCUAUGACUACCAGUGCUCUGGCUAA